AUGGCGGCGAUGGCUUUCCGAUUGGCUCUGCUCGUCCUCGUGGUUGCCGUGGCCGCCAUGGCCAUGGCGGCGCGUGCGGACGACGACUACACAAUGGACGUGGGUUUGAUUGGCGAACCAGACGGCCACGGCAUGGUGGCGGACGCGCUCGACUUCGACGAGGAGCUCAUGAUGGAGUCGGAAAGCGCCCGCCGCCAGCUGUGGGGCCGCCACCGCGGCCACAUCAGCUACGCGGCGCUUAGGAGGAACAACGUGCCGUGCAACAAGCGGGGCCACUCGUACUACAACUGCCUCGGCCACCACCCCGCCCACCCCUACAAACGCGGCUGCACCAGAGCCACCAGGUGCGCUAGAAACAACCGUUGA